AUGGCUGAGUCCAAAAAUUGGCGAGCCCGCGAUGGAGAUGCGGCACAGGCAGGGGCCACGGGGGCCGCUGCCUCACAACGUGGGACAAGAGGGCCACAAAAGGCCGCUGCCUCACAACGUGGGGCAAAAGGGCCACAAAAGGCCGCUGCCUCACAACGUGGGGCAAAAGGGCCACAAAAGGCCGCUGCCUCACAACGUGGGACAAGAGGGCCACAAAAGGCCGCUGCCUCACAACGUGGGGCAAAAGGGCCACAAAAGGCCGCUGCCUCACAACGUGGGGCAAAAGGGCCACAAAAGGCCGCUGCCUCAACUCAUGGGGCAAAGGGGCUCAAAAUCCCCUCGGAUCUCCCUCGGGCAGCAUUAUUGAUGCUGCUUGAUGUCAAGGCAGCAAAAGCAGCCACAGAGCUGUUCAAGGAGAAUGAUCUGAAGCACUAUGAGGCGCGGGCUCUUGUCCAUUUGCCCCUGCCCUUGCCGACAGAGCGCGAGGCCUUGCUCAAGCAGUGCUGUGACCUCAUCCCGGACGACGUAUUCGCGCAGUGCAAAACAGAAGUGCCCGACGCUGGAAAGGGUACCAACCCCAUCAUGAUGCAGGUGCUCUUGGACAAAGCCGACGCUCUGAACGAGGCUCAUCAAAAGUUCUCUGACGAGUUUGGCUUGGGUCUGGCCCUUCUUUCCACUGUCGAGGGUCCGGACCCAAAGAACGGCUAUCCAAAUUGCGACGUUGUGGGCAGCGUCGGCUUUGGUAAAAUCAAUGAGGGCGAACUGGCGCCAAAAGCUGCCCAGCGCGAGGCUUGCGAGGAGGGCUGCUUGUUCCUGAAGGAUCGCGACGAAUUGUUCGACGUUUGUUUUGAAGCAGCCCCUUCAAAGACUGUGCAGGUUUAUGCGUGGACCCCCAAAGCUCCGUUACAAGUCAGCUGCAUCGACAAGAAGCUCGAACUGAGCUCAGUACCAUUGGCUGCCGCCUCGCCUCAUACGCACAAGACCUCAAGCGCCCAUGACUCUGAGGACAAGGAUGCCCCGAGUGCAGCGAAGGACGUGUCAGAGAUCACUGAACGCCUUCAGAAAAUGUUAUAA